CGGGGCCGUGCACCUCCGCAGCCGCCAAGCCCGGGCGCUGUCCCCUGGGCGCGUCCGCUGCCCGAGCCCCCGCGCUGUCCCCUGCGCGCGUCCCGCCGCUGCCCAGUGCCGCCAUGCUCCUGCUGCUGGGGCUGUGCCUGGGGCUGCCGCUCUGCGCGGGGUCGCUGGAAGAGGCGAAGAGCUGGGGUGACACUUCGGAGCAAGUUGGACUCAGGGUCCCAAGGCAGGUCCGGCUGCUGCAAAGGCUGAAAACCAAACCCUUGAUGACAGAAUUCUCAGUGAAGUCGACCAUUAUUUCUCGCUAUGCCUUCACGACGGUUUCCUGCAGAAUGCUCAACCGAGCAUCUGAGGACCAGGAGAUUGAGUUUCUGAUGCAGAUUCCAGCCGCAGCCUUCAUCACCAACUUCACUAUGCUUAUUGGAGACAAGGUGUAUCAGGGAGAAAUUACAGAGCGAGAAAAGAAAAAUGGUGAUAAGAUAAAAGAGAAAAGGAAUAAAACCACAGAAGAUAACGGGGAGAAGGGGACUGAGACCUUCAGAGCCUCCGUAGUGAUUCCCAGCAAGGACAAAGCUGUCUUUCUCCUCAGUUAUGAAGAGCUCUUGCAGAGACGUCUGGGGAAGUACGAGCACGUCAUCAGCGUGAGACCCCAGCAGCUAGUGGGGAAGCUGAUGGUGGAGGUGAAUAUUCUGGAGAGGUCGGGCAUCGCGUCGCUGGAGGUGCUUCCUCUACUCAACAGCAGACAGAAAGGCAGCGGGAGGGCAGAAGGUGGUGCUAGGCUGCCUCCUUCUACUGUUGUCAACCAAAAUGAAACUUUCGCCAAAGUCUUUUUUAAGCCUUCUGUGAUACAACAAGCCAGGAUCGCCCAGAAUGGCAUUCUGGGAGAUUUCAUCGUUCAAUAUGAUGUCCAUAGGGAACAGAGCAUUGGAGACAUCCAGGUUCUAAACGACUAUUUUGUGCAUUACUUUGCCCCCAAAGACCUUCCUCCCUUACCUAAGAAUGUGGUGUUUGUGCUGGACAGCAGUGCCUCCAUGGUGGGAACCAAACUCCGGCAGACCAAGGAUGCCCUCUUCACAAUUCUCCACGACCUCCGAUCCCAGGAUCAUUUCAGUAUCAUUGGAUUUUCCAACCGGAUCAAAGUGUGGAAGGACCAUUUGGUGUCAGUUACGCCAGACAAUAUCAGAGACGCCAAAAUCUAUAUUCACCAUAUGUCACCCACCGGAGGCACAGACAUCAACGGGGCCCUGCAGAGGGCCAUCAGGCUACUCAACAACUACGUGGCCCACAACGACAUUGAGGACCGGAGCGUGUCCCUCAUCAUCUUCCUGACGGAUGGGAAACCCACCGUCGGGGAGACCCACACCGUCAAGAUUCUCAACAACACCAAGGAGGCCGCCCGAGGCCAAAUCUGCAUCUUCACCAUCGGCAUCGGGAAUGACGUGGACUUCAAGCUGCUGGAGAAACUGUCGCUGGAGAACUGUGGCCUCACCCGGCGUGUUCACGAGGAGGACGACGCGGGCUCACAGCUCAUCGGGUUCUACGAUGAGAUCAGGACCCCUCUGCUCUCGGAUAUCCGCAUCGAUUACCCACCCAGCCUGGUGGAGCAGGCCACCAGGACCCUCUUCCCUAACUACUUCAACGGCUCAGAGAUCGUCAUUGCUGGGAAGCUGGUGGACAGGAAGAUGGAUCGAUUGCAUGUGGAAGUCACGGCCAGCAAUAGUAAGAAAUUUGUCGUACUGAAGACGGACGUGCCCGUGGAGCCCCAGAAGGCGGGGAAUGACGUCACAGGAAAUGCCAGGCCCAAGGGUGAAGGAGAGGAGGACUCCAACCCCCUUAGGCGUCUCUGGAGCUACCUGACCGUGAAGGAGCUGUUGAGUUCCUGGCUGCAGAGUGGCAAUGAGCAGGAGAAGGAGCAAUUGAGGCAGAAGGCCCAGGCUCUGGCCGUGAACUCUCACUUCCUCACCCCAUUCACCUCCAUAAAGCUGAAGAAACCACUGCAGCUGAAGAAGCUGGAGGACCCCUAUGGCAUGUCUGCUGCCACCGGGCCUGAAACAGUGAUGCAGAGCCUGCAAGGCUCCAAUCUGCAGCCAGGACCAGCUCUCAAGAAACCAUACAACCCAAGAAUUAAAGUCUCCAAGACAUCAGCGGAUGGAGACCCCCAUUUUGUUGUGGAUUUCGCCUUGAACAAGCUCACUGUCUGCUUCAACAUUGACGGGCAGCCCGGGGACAUCCUACGGCUGGUCUCUGAUCACUUAGACUCUGGUGUGACAGUGAACGGAGAGUUAAUCGGGGCCCCGGCUCCCCCCAACGGCCACAAGAAGCAGCGUACUUACUUCCGCACCAUCACCAUCCUGGUCAACAAGCCGGAGAGGUCGUACCUGGAGGUCACACCGCGCAGAGUCAUCUUGGAUGGUGGGGACAGGCUGGUCCUCCCCUGCAACCAGAGCGUGGUGGUGGGGUGUCGGGGGCUGGAGGUGUCAGUGUCUGCCAAUGCCAACGUCACCGUCACCAUCCAGGGCACCGUGGCCUUUGUUAUCCUCAUUCACCUCUACAAGAAGCCAGCCCCCUACCAGCGAGACCACCUGGGCUUCUACAUCUCCAGCAGCAAAGGCCUUUCCGGCAACUGCCAUGGACUGUUAGGUCAGUUCCUGAACCAGGAUGCCAGACUCACAGGGGAGCCUGCCAGGCCCAGCAAGAACGCUACUAGUCCUCCACUCCCCAAGGCAGGUGGGGGUUCUGAGACUGUCCUGAAGGUGAAAGGGCAUCAGGUCCCGGUGGUCUGGAAACAGAGGAAAAUCUACAAUGGGGAGGAGCAGAUAGAUUGCUGGUUUGCCCGGAACGCCACCCAGCUGCUCGACGGCGAAUACAAGGAUUACCUGGCAGCCCAUCCUUUUGACUCAGAGACUACAUUCAGCCUGGGAACAUCCAGGGGACUCUGACACUAGCAGCCUUAACGUAAGAGUGCAUGACAGGGAAAUGGCCUUUGGGGACACCAUGGUGUGGUUCUUGUCGCUGGCACGUGCCUCGUCUCUUGGCAGUUGGCUGCAGCCUGCAGCCUACCCCUGGUGGCCUGUAGACCUGACGUCUGCUUGAGCAAAGGGUAGGGUCAGGAAGCUGGAGUGAGAUGUUAUUUCCUCUGCUUCCUCCUCCUGUGUCCCCCUCCUUAUGUACGAUAGAGAAAGGUGGUAGCACCAAGGUGGGAAGGUCAUAGUUGAAAGCAAGAAGUCUGUAUCUUGUACCAACUGGCUUGUCCAUCUCAUAGCCUACCAUAAAGUCACUCUGAUGAAGGAUGGUUGCCACCAAGUUUGUUUCCUCUGCAAAAAUGGCCACGUUUGGGCACGCUGCUUUCCGCCUUGUACAUGCUUAGGAAUCUGUCCUCCUAGUACUGCUGUGUCCUCUAGAAGUGUGGCCAGCCUCUGCUUGAGGCGACCUUCUGAUGGAGCCCAGACCACGGGUCAGGCAAAUAGCAUGUAGAUUUGAUCACUGUAAACCAUUUAGUCUUUGCUUGGGAGAGGACUUUCUUCUGCUGUGAUAGCUUGCCCUUGAAAAUUAGUUUCUGUUUUUAUAUUAAAAAAAAAUUGAUUGAAAAUAGAAAAUCUAUAUCCUAGCUCCCCAUGUCUUUCCAGUGGGCUUUGUAAACCACUUGACUUUGCCAAUGGAGAGUCUCUUAUUUAUUCCAGUAAGCUAAGUGCUUUUAAUAAACAGGACCGCCCCACGUGGAUGUUUUUUACUGGCCUGUCGUGGCUGGAGAGUCGGCCCAUUGAAUGGCGAAGCUUUUAGUAGGUUCAGCCUUCAUCAUAAUUGUGGGCUUCCGUGCUCACAGUCUUUCAGGAGGUGAUAAACCGGGUUCUUGCAGUACCGGAAACUUGGGAGGUAGACACAGCCCAGGGCGCGACCGUCAGCUUCCCAUAGGAGUCCGUUUGCACGUUCUUGGCAGGAAGUGUGGACAUGCUCACGGAGUCUAAGAAGCCUUCCCAUACCUCAAAUAGGCAAAGCCAUGAAAUCAGCAUGACUGAAGGGCUCUGGUUCUAGACGUUGGACAGAUCUGGUCCCAGUAGAGAAAGUUAAAAUCAUGGACAGGGGUCUUCAAAAGACAAAAGUCAGUGACUGUCACCGUUCUCGUUGUGGACCCCCUCUGGACAGCCCGUCCUUAUUAUCAGGGGGACGUGAGGCUGCUGAUGGCAUUGCAGCCUCCUUUGCCAUCCUCUUCGCCAGUUCCCGCUCUCGCUCUGUUUGGUCUUUUCAGGACGUCCGGGGUUCAGUAAGCCUAAUGCUCACCGAGUAAGGGGCAUAGUCAGGAUGCAGAUGGACGCAGGGGACACUGAGCCAAAUGGCAAAGAAAGAAAGAUUUGAGUCAGAGAAAUAGAGUAUUUUGAUGUGAGGCUGAGUGACAUAAAGGCUUUUGUGCUGGUUGCACUGGAGGUUUUUCCCAGUCGGGAGCGACUCCAGAGCAGACUUUCAUGAAAUAUGGAAGCAUACUUAGCACUUGGAGGGGAAUCAGAGUUACAACAAUUGUUUAUUUUACUUAUCCUCCCGUGGGAACCAUCUGAGCAGCCGGACAACCUCCACGUGUUCCUGUCGGACCAGGCGGCUUCAAGAGAUGAAGUUAGUACCGGGAUUUUCUGGCCUGUCUCAGUGUCUCAGUCUCUGUCCACUGUGAGCCCACCAGACCAUGGCCUUCCAGCUGUGUCAGUUUUGACUCCCAUCCUUUCAAACUAGCUGCUUGUUUUCGUGCCAGAGGUGUGAAGACACCUGCCCAGACUGACAGAUGCUCCCAUAUUUCAGAGCUCAGAGUUCAGAGGAGGAGCGUGAGUCCCAGCCAGCCAGUGCCUGGUCAGGCUCCACGGGGAUGUCCCUGUUAUAUAAUCUUGGUCCCAACUGGGUAGAUGUCCCUGAGCCCAGAGGCCAGCCCGCCGUGUUAGCACUUGGAGUUAGCUGCAGAGAGGAGGCUACCUCCAGGCCUUUCCAGUUACUACGGCUUUUCUAUGAGCACAGGAGAAUAUUCCAGAAAGCUACCCAUCAAAAAAAAAAAAAAGUUAAGUAUUGACGUUGAGCUUUUAUUUUAAAGUUUUUAUUGUAGACAAAUCUCACUUUUCUUUCUCCCUCUCUUCAGUUAUACAUCUAUGUUUCUCGCUAAAGGUAUCUACCAUUAAAUUUUCUGUUUUAGCCAGAGAGUGAUAUCUGGGAGCCCAAAACUCCACACCCGUGUUACACGUAGGGCCUUUUAAUUUGGUUGAAAAAUAUAAUAUUUUCUGUUGGAAUGUAUGUUGUGAAUAGCAAGCUCUUUUAAAGUCAGUGCAGGGGAAAGGAGGAAUUCUCAGGUGGGGAAACUGAGGCAGAGUGCAGUCAAGUGAUUUUUCCCACAUUGUAUAGAAGACUUAGAACAGGGCCAGGCUGAACCUCCAGAACUUCUUUUGUUAGCUUUGACACAAUUUCACCAUUUGGGCAAUCUUUUGUUUUCCUUGAGAAUUUAUAAAUUGGGGGGGAGGUAAUUAAACAAAAAAUUGAAUGAGAAUGAGAAAUACGUUGCAAUUGAGGAGAUAAAUUUUAUGUUAUCGUCAUAGAGUCAUAACAAUUGACCAGCUGGGAUCGUCAAAGUCUCCAUCUCUGUUCCCGUCCCCUCCGGCAUCUAAAAAAGAAAGGCAUCUAUGGGUCAUCUUUAAGGGUCUCCUAAUUUAAAGUUUCAUGUUCCCCAGAUAAAAUGGACUGAACGUUCUCAACCUGCCCAUGCUAGACACUUUAUCUUCUUCUAUUCGACUUUUCAAUGAUUUACUGCUUCAGGCUCCAAGGAAUGGGUGUUUGGGAGGAUAAACCAUUAAACCAUCUUGACCCCCACUGCAGCUGAGCAGCUGUGAUGCAGGCACCAGGAACUGAGAAGAGCACCCCUUUGUUUCUGUCAGGGGUAGCAUUAAACUUUCAUUGAAUCACAGAUCUUCAUAGGUGGAUCAGAGACAAGAUUUAUUUCUUUAAAUUUAUCUCUUGGCUAAACUGAAUGCUAUGGACAAAAUGUUUUUGUCUCUCCACCCCCCCAAAAAAAAUAUAUGUGCUGAAGCCUAAAUCCACAGUGUGAUGACAUUAAGAGGUGGGGCCUUUGGGAGAGGAUGAGGUCAUGAGGGUGGAGCCCCCAUGAUGGAUUAGUGCCCUUAUAAGAAGAGAUACAAGAGAAAUGAUCUCCCUCUGCUCCAUUAUGUGAGGUCACAGAGAGAAGACACCAUCUAGGAACCAGGAAGUGGGCCCUCACUAUGCACCAAAUCUGCUGGUACCUUGAUCUUGGACUUCCAACUUUCAGAACUGUGAGAUAUGAAUGUUUGUUGUUAAGCCACCCAGUCUAUGGCAUUCUUGAUAUAGCAGCCUGAGAUGACUAAGACAUGGAAUCAAAAUAUGAAUUAUUUGGAUUCCUUUGAGCUACACAGAAUGUAUACAAACAAUGCUGUUAUUAAAUAUGGAGGACUCUUGGAAUCAGAAGAACAUGACCCAGGUAAAAUAAAUAGCAAAUAAAAUAACACGGCUAAGCAAAUACUUAGAAAUGCAACUUCAAAUAUUUAUUUUAGUCGGUUUAAAAGCAUAAGUAGGGUACGAGAUAGUUCACAUUCAAGAGACAUUUUUCUUAAACAAAAAUUUGUAGAGUGACGUCUAAAAGAAAACAACAUAUUGGCAUGUUUAUGUUUUGAGGGAACAUGGAAUUAAAGCUACAGAGAAUAAAACUUGAUGAUUCUAAUUGCACUGCUUAUUUUUAGGAAUUCCUGAAUUACAUAAAAAUAUAUGUAAAUGGAGUAGUGAGUGACAUUGGAAGAAUAAUGUUAAAACAACACAAAUUAUUCUAUGGAACAGCAAAUAUGUAGCAGCCAUUCCUGACCUUUUAUAAAACUGUCAAAUAUGAGAGGUCUUAAACCUCCCAGUCCCUUAUUUUCUGGGACCCUGGCAUCCCAAAGUUUUGAUUGCCUUUUUUUUUGGGUCACUCAUUUGCACUCACUGGCCAUCAUCUUGCUUGGAACUUCUGUUUGGCACAAGGUCACUUUUCCUCCUCGAGGGGCAUCUUUAGCUUGUGAUCUUAGUGUUCCCACCCCCACCAGAUCUUGCUCAGAUUCUGAAUGGAGCAACACCUGAUUAGAAUCAAGCCAGACACAAAGCAUGGUGAGCUGUCACCGGGAGGCUGUGUUAAAAGCAAGCAAAUGCCUGAUCUCAAGGGCACACAGUCAACCUCUCUGGGCUGAAGCUUCCUCAUCUCUAAAACAAAGGCACUGGAUGAGAUAACUUCUCAGAUCCUGUGAUCUUUAUCUUCUGCCUGCAGAUGAAGAUAGUUCCUGAACUUCCAAGUAACAAGUGCAAAAGGAUUCAUUCAGUGACUCGAGUUAUUUCGAGAUGCAGUCAGUGUUCCCGAACUGGGAUUCAGAGGAAGACAUUCAAAGUUCAUGUGUUUAGAGCAGGAGAUGGAAUGAACGCCAAGACUGAAACCGGGGGAAAUCCUGUAAGAGAACUGGGAAGAGGGUUGUUACCUGAGUAAGGAGGAGGCAUGACUAUGGAGGUAGGAAGGAAAUUGGGAACCAUUCCAAAGGUGGAGCGUUCUAAGCUGCAAGGAAGAGCAUAGACAGAGGCAACCACGCGAAACGUUUUCUUCUAAUAAUGUGAAGCAGCUGGGAACGUCUUCCAUACUGAAACGGUCUCCUUGCCCCGUUCAUUUUGGGGUUACUGAGAACCUACAGUGGAGAAAGCUUGCUGAAUCUCAGGUUCCUCCUCCCUUUGACCCUGUCCCAGAUCUGUCUCCAUCACCUGCUUCCUUUACUCCCACUCCUGAGAUA